AUCGAGGACAAGGUUUUAUGAAAUCAGACUUCGAAAAACUUCAAAAAACAAAAGGUGGACUUAUGUCAUUUAACAAUUUUUUAUCUACCAGUAAAAAGGAACAAGUGUCUCUCAGUUUUGCUAAAGAUGCUGCUGUAAAACCCGAUAUGGUAGGUAUUCUCUUUAUAAUGUCCAUUGAUCCUAAUAUUAAAUCAACACCAUUUGCUUCUGUUAACGAACUUGGUUAUUACGAGGCAAAAGAAGAUGAAAUUCUUUUCUCAAUGCACACCGUCUUUCGAGUAGGUGAAAUUAAACAAAUAAACAAUAAGAAUCAACUUUAUCAAGUUGAAGUACAAUUAACAUCGGAUGAUGAUGAACAAUUGCGAUUACUUACCAAUCGGAUACGAAAAGAAGCUAGUGGUAGUACUGGAUGGCGAAGAUUGGGUAACUUAUUACUUAAAAUCGGUCAAUUUAAUAAAGCUGAAGAACUUUACAACGUAUUACUCGAGCAGACAUCUGAUGAAGAUGAAAAAGCACUUUAUUAUAAUCAGUUAGGAUUUGUCCAUUCGAAUCAAGGUGAUUAUGAAAAGGCUAUCGGGUAUUUCGAACAACAAAUAAAAGUUCAGCAAAAAACUCUUCCCCCAAAUAGUCCUUAUUUGGCUAUUUCAUAUGGUAACAUUGGUGGUGUUUAUGACAAGAUUGGAGACUACUCGAAAGCACUUUCAUUUUAUGAAAAAGCACUUGAACUUCAACAAAAAACUCUUCCUUCAAAUCAACUUCAUUUCGCUACUUCAUACAGUAACAUCGGAAGUGUAUAUUACAGCAUGGAAGAAUACGAAAAAGCACUUUCAUCUCAUGAAAAAGCACUUGGAAUCUAUCAAAAAACUCUUCCUUCAAAUCACCCUGAUUUAGCUACUUCAUACAACAACAUCGGUAGUGUAUAUGAAAAGAUGGGAGACUACGAAAAAGUGCUUUCAUUUUACGUAAAAGCACUUGAAAUUCUACAAAAGACUCUUCCUUCAAAUCAUCCUCAUUUGGCUGCUUCAUACAACAACAUUGGUAGUGUGCAUGACAAGAUGGGAGAGUACGAAAAAGCACUUUCAUUUUACGGAAAAGCACUUGAAAUCUAUGAAAAUACUCUUUCUUCAAAUCAUCCACAUUUGGCUACUUCAUACAACAACAUUAGUAAUGUGUAUUACAAUAUAAAAAACUAUUCAAAAGCACUUUCAUAUUUAGAAAAUGCUCUGGAUAUAUUCCAACAUACAUUACCUCCAACUCAUCCUCAUAUAAAAGCUGUAAAAGAGAGUAUUGAAACUGUAAAGAAGAGAUUAUAA